GAGCAAGUCUUGAUUACGAGAACAUUGAACAGUAUUUGGAGCUAAUUUGUAGCAAGGAAGGCCAACCGAAGAGCAAGAAGCAAAGUAAAUUAAAACAAGUGUUAGAAGAGGCAGCCAUGGAAGACAAAACAGUGAUCAUAACAACUCUAAAUGCAGCAUGGACAGCUCCAAAUUCCAUUUUUGAUCUUUUUUUGGAAAGCUUUAGAAUUGGAAACAAUACAAAUUCUCUGUUGAAUCAUGUAUUAGUAGUAGCUUUGGAUCAAACUGCGUAUUCUCGUUGUUUGGAGGUUCAUCCAAAUUGCUAUGCAUUGAUCACAAAUGGAGUUGAUUUUUCUGAGGAAGCACAUUUUAUGAGUGAUGAUUAUUUGAAGAUGAUGUGGAGGAGAAUUGAUUUUCUUCGUAUUGUUCUUCAGAUGGGAUAUAACUUCAUUUUCACGGAUGCAGAUAUAUUAUGGUUUCGAAGACCAUUUGCACAUUUUUAUUCACAUGCCGAUUUUCAAAUUGCUUGUGAUCAUUACGUCCACAACUCAUUCAAUCUGAAGAACGCGCCAAAUGGAGGGUUCAAAUAUGUGAAGUCUAAUAAUCAAACGAUCCAAUUCUACAAAUUUUGGUACGAUUCAAGGAAUAUUUAUCCAGAAAAACACGAUCAAGACGUACUCAACAUAAUCAAAUUUCAUCCAUUUCUCAAGAAAAUUAAACUGAAAAUAAUGUUUUUGGACACAGCUUAUUUUGGAGGAUUUUGUGAACCUAGCAAAGAUGUUAAUUUAGCGUGCACAAUGCAUGCAAAUUGUUGUGUAGGUCUUGGUAACAAAAUACAUGACCUAAAAAUGGCAAUUAAUGAUUGGAAAACUUAUAUGGCUUUGCCAAAUGGCGAAAGGAUUUCAAAAAGACAUACUUGGACUUUUGGAGGAUUUUGUGAAACUAGCAGAGAUCUUAAUUUAGUGUGCACGAUGCAUGCAAAUUGUUGUAUAGGUCCUGGUAAUAAAAUACACGACAUAAAAAUGGCACUUGAUGAUUGGAAAAAUUAUAUGGCUUUGACAAACAUCAGUGUUUCGCGUUCGCGAGUGGGCCCUCGCAUUCGCGAAGGGCUAGAGUGUGAGGCUGAAGGUUUGGCCUUCGCUUUCCCGAGGGAGGCCCCGCGUUCGAAUAGUUGGAGUCAGGAAGCAUCGCAUUCGCGGGAGAGCAGACUCAUUCACGAUAGUGGAGCUGCUGAGGCAUCGCAUUCGCGAGGGUGUCGUCGUGUUCGUCUAAGAGAGAUUUUUGGUCAACCUAAGGAAGUGGCCUUUGAUCUUGCAUUUGCGAGAUCAGAGUUCGCAAUGGCGAACAUAUCAGUCUCGCAUUUGCGAGCUACUCAUCGCAAAUGCGAAAAGUGUGAAGGGCUUUUCAUUUGCGAUGGUUCCUUUGCAUCUGUGGGAUUCGCAUUUGCGACUUUGCGAAGACGAGGUCGCAAAUGCGAUAUCUACAGCUGGAUUUUGGUAUUGGCCCGAGCUGAUCUUGAGGUUAGCUACUGGAUUGAUCGACCGGAGACCCAAGAUAGAUCUGCUGGUGUCCGUAGACCCUGUCUGCAGACUUCACAUUUGCGAGGUCUGGCUCGCAAAUGCGAAGAACUCAUCGCAUUUUCGAGCAGUUGGGUUGGGGUGAACUUCGUAUUUGCAAAGUGUUGGUCUCAUUUGCGAUCAUCUCAGGUCGCAUUUGCGAACGGGGUUGGGGAACACUUCGCAUUUGCGAAGGAUUUCUCGCAAUUGCAGGGUUCGCAAUUGCGAACCCCUGGUCGCAUUUACGACAUCUGCAGCUGGGCAAAGAUCAAGGCCGAGCUCGUGCUAGAGGCCGAGGCAGGGGCAGAGAUUAGCCCCGAGCUCGAGCAACAACACGAGUAG